GACAGGAAGAAGGGAGGAGAAAGUGAAAUAAAGAGGGCAGGCAGAAAGAGAAGAAAGUACACCAAAGGCAAAGAGACAGAAAUAGAGAUUAACAGAGAGGGAGCGAGGGAGCGAGGGAGAGAGAGCGAGAGAGAGAGAGAGAGAGAGAGAGAGAGAGAGAGAGAGAGAGAGAGAGAGAGAGAGAGAGAGAGUGAGAGGAUCCAUAACAAUCUCUCUACUCCUCUGAGCGAGCAAAGUCAUGGCUGAAAACAACACAAAUCUCUUUCAGGAAAUACUUCAAUCUUUUGAUGCCGUCCCUCUGAUCAUUGCCUUCUGUGUGUCUAUGGCGGUGGGUCUUGUUUUGGGGGCGCUGGUCUAUGUGAUCCUGACCUGGAUGUCCCGUCGCAGAGCAGGCUCUGCCAGCAUCACCCGCCGCCCCAAUCGUCAGUCCCGCAACUCCACCCGCGCCCGUCCAGGCUUCAACCGUAACAGCAGCUACGACCGCCGCAGCAACAACAGCUUGGUCAGUGCCGCCUUUAGCUUCCACCGCCAGGGCUCCUCCCCGGACCAGGUUGACCCACUUGGGCGCAAAUCAAGCUUCAGGGCCUCCACCUUCCACCCUCUCCUCCAGUGCAGCCAAAUUGCGAGGGAGGCAGAGGAGGGGAGCCAGACCACGCUGCCUCGCACCCCAACGCUGACCACCUCAACUGGGUCCGCUCACACAGCCAGCACUCCAGCUGCCACCUCAUCGAGACCCGAGUCUUUCUGGGGCAACAGUGGUCUGAGGGGUUUCUAUGUCACACAGACCCCACCUCCAGCUUAUGAGAGCAUUAUAAGAGCUUAUCAGGAAACCUGCACAUGAGUUGAAGAGGAGUCCUGCCAAUGGGAGAGAGACUGGCUGACUGAAUAUGCCCCAUCUUGUCGGUGGAUGCAAAAUUGAAAAGAAGGAAAUCUUAUAAACCCUGUAAUAAUGGAAAGGCGGGACUAAGUGGGAAAAAAAUGGCAAAGUUGGGUUCACUUAAGUGCUCCAACACACUAAUGAUCAUAAAAUUUGGGGAUUGACGGUUGUUGCAUCUGAGUCAACAACCAAUGUGUAUUUCUUUUCUUAGGUCAGUAUGUAUGGAACAUUGACAAAAGCAUACUUGCCUGUCACCAGCUAUCAAUGCUUCCAAUCUCUAAUGACUAACAUCGACUCUAAUGAAUGUUUGUAAGUGGAAAUCAAUAAUACCUCUUUAUUACUGCCAUCAAUAUUCAGAGGUGAUAGACAUCCAUGUAUGCUUGCAUAGUUUUUGAUUAUUCAAGGUGCAACAAUCAAAACAAGAACUUUUUAUUGAUGGGCAUUUGUGUUCUGUGACAUAGCUGCAACAUUGCCUCGGCUAUAUACCACAUGCUAUCUACAUUGCUAUAAAAUAAAUUAUGUGAGACGAUCUAAGUAUGACUUAAAUGAAAUCCCCACAGAUUAAAACUCAAGGUUUUUCAUUGUUCACAGCUACUGGUUAUAUGGUUCUAUGGAAUUCAAAGGAAUCUGCAAAAUGUGUUAUGUGAAAAUGAAUGAGUGAGAUGAAUGGAUGGGACAACUUCUGGAUUGUCUAUAUUUUGAAUUUCUGAAAUUCUGUUCUAAGUUAAUAUAAAACAAUAAAGUGGCAAAGAGA